AUGACUUUCAAGAUUGCCAUUAUACAAUAUUCAACUUAUGGGCACGUCACAACAUUAGCCAGGGCAGUGCAAGAAGGUGUCGAGAAGGCAGGAUACAAAGCAGACUUGUUCCAAUUCCCCGAAACAUUACCCCAAGAUGUCCUCGACAAAUUGCAUGCACCUCCAAAACCAAAGGACAUUCCAGUGGCCACGUUGGAAACAUUGACUUCAUAUGACGCAUUCCUUUUUGGUAUCCCUACAAGGUUUGGUACUGGUCCAGCCCAAGUAUUUGAAUUCUGGGGCGCCACAGGUGGAUUAUGGGCCGAAGGAAAAUUGUAUGGUAAACCAGCAGGUGUAUUUGUCUCUACCGGUACUCAAGGUGGUGGACAAGAAACUACAGUGAGAAACACAUUGAGUUUCCUCGUACAUCACGGUUUGAUCUAUGUUCCAUUCGGCUACGCCGCAUUCCAACAACAAGCUGACUUGACAGAGAUCCACGGUGCAUCACCAUACGGUGCUGGUACCUUUGCUGCUGGUGACGGUUCAAGACAACCAUCAAAAUUGGAAUUGGAAGUAGCACAGAUUCAAGGUGAAACAUUUGCAAAAACAGCAGCCAAAUUGCUUGGAGCAACAAGCUCAGGCAACAAGUCAUCUGGCAAUGCUUCUGAAAGUGCUGGAGCAAAUACUACUGGUAACAACAACAACAACAACAAAACCGCAGCUGCUGCUAAAUCCAACGCAACACCUGCAACAAAGUCUGAAAAACCAACAACCGCCGCAACAUCACAAGCAAGAGCUAAGCAAACUUCUUCAUCACCAGAAUCCACCGACAAAAGUUUCUGCUCAAAAUGUACCAUUAUGUAA